AUGCCGCCCGCUACCCCUGGACCGUCAAUAUUUAGACAGUCACAGUCACUGUCACGUCUCCCCCGGGAGUUCUUUACCUGUCGUCAAUGUCUACAGAGGCCUCACACUGCGAGAACUGCCCGGCAAUGGAUAAGAACAAGCCAGUUCAAGGGCACAUCGAGGUAUACAUCCAGCCUACUUGCUGCAUUUCGGAAGCAGCCUUCCAACACGGUGAUACCAAGAUCGUUUUUCACAACUACAACGAAUAUAUCACCAGUGGGAGAAGCUGUCUCUAAGUCUAGAUUCCCCGAUGUCAGCUCUAAGGGUGUUGCGUACUGGCUACUGGCAAGUGCAGCCAGUGUCUUUGGCAUUGUUGUGUUCGGGGGCCUAACACGCCUCACUGAGUCAGGACUUAGCAUAACAGAAUGGCGACCUGUAACCGGCUCGAUACCACCAUUGGACGCAGACGAUUGGGAGUCAGAGUUUGCCAAAUACAGGGCAUCACCGGAAUUCAAGCUUCUCAACCCCAACAUGACCCUCUCCGAGUUCAAGUCGAUAUAUUAUAUGGAAUGGAUCCAUAGGAUAUGGGGGCGUUUCGUCGGCCUUUCUUUCGUUAUCCCCGCUGCCUACCUUAUUGCAACAAAACGCGUAUCAAAACCUAUGAGCCUCCGUAUCGCUGGUAUUGCAGGGCUUAUUGGUUUCCAGGGCUUCUUGGGCUGGUGGAUGGUUAAGUCUGGGCUGAAGGAUGACUUGUUCGCGCCAGGCAGUCAUCCCCGUGUCAGCCAAUACCGAUUGACCGCCCAUCUAGGUGCCGCCUUUGUCUGUUAUGUUGCUAUGCUAUGGAACGGAUUAGCAAUUCUACGAUCCCAUCGGCUCCUCGCAGAUCCAGUCAAGGGUCUAGAGAUCCUUCAGUCACUCAAAAACCCCAAGCUAGCCAUAUUCCGCCGCUCAGUAGCCGGACUUGCACUACUCGUGUUCGUCACCGCAAUGUCGGGUGGGCUCGUCGCUGGUCUGGACGCAGGUUUGAUAUAUAAUGAAAUCCCCUGGAUGGGUAACGGUCUUGCUCCCCCAAAAGAGGAACUGUUGGAUGAGUUCUACUCGAGGAAGGAAGACCGUUCCGACCUGUGGUGGAGGAACAUGCUUGAGAAUCCAUCCUUUGUACAGCUUGACCACCGAAUUUUGGCCAUGACGACAUUUACCUCGGUCAUGGCAUUGUGGGCCUACAGCCGCAUGCCAGCUAUGAAAAAACUGCUCCCUCGCGUUGCAAAGAAAGGUGUCCAUGGAGUCGUAGCAUUCACUGCAGUCCAGGUGGCUCUAGGAAUCAGCACACUUCUCUACCUUGUCCCUAUUCAUCUAGCAUCCGCUCAUCAGGCAGGUAGCCUGUUCCUCCUCACCUGGGUUAUGGUUUUGGGCAGUAGGAUAUGGCAUCCUUCUCGCACUGCAAGGCUCCUUCAGCAAGCUGCCAAAGCAAAGCCGCUCUCUUCAACCUCGCAUGCUGCUUCUCCCCUUACAAAGAAGCUAUAA